CAAGUAACACACGAGUGCAUCCUAAGAUGAACAAUGGGUGAUGUGUGUGCAACAAAACAGCAUUGCCCAAUAUUUUUGCAGUGCAGGCGUACAAUACGUUGUGGGCAUUGGCCAUGGCAGUGGAGAAAGUGAAUCGUCCCACAAUCCCUGGAAGUGCCACUAAGUCAGAGCUGCGAGAUGCAAUUGUGAAGACAAAAUUUGAAGGCAUCAGUGGAGAUUUCUUUUUGGUUGAUGGAGAGUUAAAACGACCAACUUUCGAAGUGUUCAAUGUGGUGGCUGAGAAGGAGAAGAUCAUUGGGAAUUGGAUUGAAGGAGUUUUAUUCUCAAUCAAAUCAAUUUCAAAACCAAUUUGGCCCGGGCACACAACCGACCCACCUUGGAUUAAUUUAACUAUAGGAAUUCCAGUCAAAGGUUUCCCGGAGUUCGUAAACGCCAACAUUAUCCACCCCCAAAAGUCCACUGGAUUUUGCAUCGAUGUCUUCAAAUCUGUUGUUGAAGUAUUAGAUAUUCCCAUUCGUUACACGUUCGUUCCUUUUGUGGACAAAAAUGGGAAGAGUAAUGGAUCCUACGAUGACCUUCUACGCCAGAUUGACGUGCAGAAAUUCAAUGUAAUUGUUGGAGAUAUAACAAUAGUUGCAAAUCGAUCGGAGUUGGUGGACUUCACCUUGCCUUAUUCAGAAUCCAGGGUAACAAUGUUGGUUUCUUUGAGAAAUGAUAAGAAAGAUCAGCACAUGUGGAUUUUCUUGAAGCCAUUUAAAUGGAAUCUUUGGCUUGUUUCCUUCAUCUCUUUCAUAUUUACAGGUUUUGUUGUUUGGUUACUGGAAUGUCGUGUCAACACUGACUUUGGAGCAGGCACGCCCCAACAACAAAUUGGCCUCAUCUUUUGGUUUUCCUUCUCCACUCUCGUCUUUGCUCACAGGGAGAGGAUAUUGAACAACUUGUCCAGAUUUUUGCUGAUCAUAUGGGUUUUUGCGGUGUUAAUCCUCACACAAAGUUACACUGCAAACUUAUCCUCCAUGUUGACUGCGCAAAGGCUACGACCUUCCUUUCUUGAUGUAAAUGAGAUCAGAGAAAAGGGUUACUAUGUGGGUUAUCAGAACGAUUCCUUUGUCAGAUCUUUUCUAAUAACCCAGUUACUACUUAAUGAAACCAAAUUGAAACCGUACGGAAACCCCGAUGAGUUUAAGGAAGCCUUGAUUAGAGGAAACAAUGACGGUGGAGUUGCUGCAAUUUUUGAUGAAAUUCCUUACGUUAAGGUCUUCCUUCGGAGAAAUCCUUCUGGGUUUCGAAUGGUCGGACCCACCUACGCAACUGGUGGAUUGGGUUUCGUGAGUUCUCUCUCACUAUUUCUCAGCUUUCAUUUUGAAUUAGCUCUGUUUUGCCCUGUUUUGAAAUUAAUUAAUCAACAGGCCUUCCCUAAAGGAUCUCCCUUGGCGACUUACUUUUCAAGGGCAAUAUUAAAUGUAACUGAAGAUAAAGACAAAAUGAAGAAAAUUGAGAACAGAUACUUCUUGAAUGAAGAUGAUCCACCAAUCCCAGAUUCAAACGAUUCACCUCUCGAUGUUCGGGGAUUUGGUGGUUUAUUCAUUAUUACCAUAGUUGCCAACUCGUUAUCGCUUUUAAUAUAUUUGAUCCAGUUCUUUCUCACACAUGAGCUCGAUUCCACUGGCUAUGUCGAGUCUACAUUCACCUCCAAACUGGUUGAAAAGGUUAAGCUUUUUUACAGAAUGCAUUUCCAUUCUUCAUCUCUGCAAACAGCUCAGUCUAGAGUACAUUCAGUUCCUGCUACUCCACCGCUCAUUACAGACGACCAUGUCAACUUAACCCCCAAUUUGGUUGCUGCCCAAUCUUCAUCAUCUCUGCAGCAACCAACUCAUUCUAGAGUUAGUUCUAUUUCUGAGACAGCAGAAGCUACUACACCAGACCAUGUCAAUCCCACUGAAAACCCACACAAUUUGGGCGUAGAAAAUGAACACUAAACUGAGAAUAAUGCCCAAUCCAUGAAUACUUAAUGUAAAAUACAUUAACUCUAUGCUUUGAUGAUUCAGGUAAUCUGUUGGAAAUCUUGGCUCUGUUGAUAAAUAUUUAUUGUAAAAUACAUUCACCUUCGAUAAAAAAGAAAUUAUGGUUAUUGUUUAUAAGUAUUAUGUUUUUUUUA